AAAAAAUAUAUUUAUCCUUCACAUUUCCAGUCAGGCAUCGUGUAGACGGCACACAGCUGUCAAUCUGCUGGGGGUCCUUUCGGGUCCUUCCUGCCUGAGCCGCUCCGCCAGCCUGCUGACAUCUAAGCGAGCAGCCGAAAAAAGACGGUAAAUUACCGGUAAAUCUUCCUCUCACAGGCCGGGUACCGGAGGCGAUGAUGGGCGGGAAGACGAGCGCGAUCGCCGCGGGUCUGUGUGGCGCUCUGGUCGUCGGUUACUGCAUCUACUUCGACAGGAAGAGACGGAGUGACCCCAACUUCAAGAACAGGCUGCGGGAACGGAGGAGAAAGCAGAAGGUAGCUAAAGAGAGAGCAGGUCUGGCCAAGCUCCCGGACCUGAAGGACGCCGAGGCGGUUCAGAAGUUCUUCCUGGAGGAGAUCCAGCUGGGAGAGGAGCUGCUGGCUCAGGGAGACUAUGAGAAAGGCGUGGACCACCUGACCAAUGCCAUCGCGGUGUGCGGUCAGCCUCAGCAGCUGCUGCAGGUGUUGCAGCAGACUCUGCCGCCGCCCGUCUUCCAGAUGCUGCUCACCAAACUGCCCAGCAUCAGCCAGCGUAUCGUGAGCGCACAGAGUCUGAGCGAGGACGAUAUAGAAUAAGAGGACCGAGAAGAAACGCUCCUCUUCCUCCUCCUUCCAUCACGACCUGCCGACUCGGCCUCCAUCACUCCGGCCGACAUCCAUCACUUCCCAUCAUGGUGUCCUAAAGGGAAUCUGUUUUUUAUUCCUGGUUUAUCCAUGACAGUAGUGUUUUUUUUUUUUUUUUUUUUUACUUAAAUUACCCGUUUUGGGGUAUCAGAGGAUCUUGAUCAUAAAGCCCGGAGGAUUCAUUCCCCCGUGUGUGUGUGUGUGUGUGUGUGUGAGUGUGUGUGUGUGCUGUUUAACUGGACUGGGUUUAGUCAAGAACAUGACGGGAUGUUGUAGCGAACGUCCUGACAGCAUCAAUGUGCAGGUUGUUCUAUCAGUCGUACAGAAGCAGGAAACAUCUGUCAGUGUAUUUAUUUUGUUAUCAGUCGUCUUGUCUGUUCGGUUCUAGACUCGGAAACACUUUUUAAAAAGUGAUGAAAUGUUCUGUUCAUUUUGAAGAGGAAGAGCCUCUUUAGGGAAAAAAAAAUAAAAAAAAAUGUAAACUACA